GCUACUCCAACUAACUGUACGGUACCUCCUCUUUUUUUACUGCUUUCAGAGGGGGAGAGGAAGUGAGAGAACAAAAAAUCAACCACAAUGCAGAAAGUGUGCAUCAACAGCUUGGUAGAAAACGGCAGCCUCGAUAGCCGCCGCUACUACCUCGCGCGGCGGACCGUCAUCGAAAUGCUGAGCGACAGAGGCUACCUAGUCCCCGACAUGGACGCACAGCUCCGCCGCUCUCUAGCCGAAUUCCGCGCCGAGUUCGGCGACCAUCCGGAGGCCGACCGCCUUCGCAUCACCGCUCACCGUGUCUCCAAUCCUUCGCGGAAGAUUCUGGUCAUAUUCUGUGAAGGUUUUCAGACGAGAAAACAAAAUGCUGUUGGCAUACUGAGUCAGAUUGCUAACAAAGAAAGGCUGGACAAGGUGAUACUAGUCGUGCAAAGCAAGAUGAAUUCCCAUGCUCAAAAGGUUUUGGAUGAGUAUUCGGUGAAAGUGGAGACGUUUCUGAUUGCUGAUUUGUUGGUUAACAUCUCAAAGCAUUUUUUGGAGCCGAAAUAUGAGAUUCUGUCUCCUGGGGAGAAGGAUACGCUUCUCAAGAAACAUGCGAUUGAAGACAAGAAGCUUCCUAUGAUGCUUGAAAGCGAUGCAAUUGCAAGGUACUAUGGAUUCGAGAAAGGGCAGGUGGUGAAGGUGUGCUAUGCUGGUGGCAUUCCUCAUUCUCUAGUGUCUUAUCGUUGCGUCGUCUAAUCUCAACCUAGAAGAAAAUAUCGCAUUCUGCAGUUGUUUAAGACAUUCUAG